GAAGCGUGAGUGUGCGGCUUCCGGUCGUGGAUCUGUCAUCUUCAAACUUUGUCUCUCUUUCUGACUUUAAACUCGUUUUAAACUGAUUUUAAACUCGUUUUGAGCGCUACAAACCUGCGGGAAAUGAGGAGCGGCGGGCCCGGUCCUCUCCGCGGCGGGAGAUAAAGGGAUGCGUAAGCGGAACGCGCCGGCGCCCGCGGAGCAGCACAGCGGCUCUGAGCGGGACUCACAGCCCGGACCCAAGCGCCAUCCCCGGGCACACGCAGCGCAGGCGGACGGGGAGCAGCCGGGAGCCAUGGGGAAGCGCUUCAGGAGCAGGGGCGCUCUCUGGAGGAGGAUGCGCAGACUCGUCUUUUGGCUCAUGCUUUUCUACGUCUCCAUCCCCGUCGUCAUCAAACUGUUCCCCUCCAUCCAGGCCCGACUCGUCUAUCUCAACUUCGUUCGGGUUCCGUACUUCAUUGACCUCAGACGACCUUUGGAUCAGGGUCUGAAUCACACCAACAACUUUUACCUGGAACCAGAGUCCGGAACCCGGAUCGGAGUCUGGCACACUGUUCCCUCGUUCUUGUGGAGGGAGGCUCAGGGGAAAGAUUCUUUUUGGUUCGAGUCGUCGCUUAAAUCUGCAAAAUCUGUGAUUCUGUAUCUGCACGGGAACGCAGGAACCAGGGGGGGGGAUCACCGCGUGCAGCUCUAUAAGGUCCUCAGCUCACUGGGCUUCCACGUCAUCGCCUUCGACUACAGAGGUUGGGGCGACUCGGACGGUUCUCCUUCAGAGUUGGGGAUGACUUCAGACGCUCUGUUCGUUUACGACUGGAUCAAAGUCCAACUGAACAAAACCCCACUGUACAUCUGGGGCCACUCCCUGGGCACCGGAGUGGCCACGAACCUGGUGAGACGUCUGUGUGACCGAGGUUCUCCUCCGGACGCUCUGAUCCUGGAGUCUCCCUUCACCAACAUCAGAGAAGAAGCCAAGAGCCACCCGUUCUCCAUGGUGUACCGGUUCCUUCCAGGUUUCGACUGGUUUUUCUUGGACUCAAUUUCGGCGAAUAACAUCCACUUCGCCAGCGACGACAAUGUGAAUCACAUCUCCUGCCCGGUCCUCAUCCUCCACGCCGAAGACGACCCGGUGGUCCCGUUCCACCUGGGCAAGAAGUUGUACCUGUUGGCGUCGCGCUCCACGUCUCUGCUGGGACAUAAAGUUCAGUUUGUGCCGUUCGACUCGUCUCUGUCCUACAAACACAAAUUUAUCUACAGGAGCCCAGAGCUGAAGCACAUCCUCAGUAACUUCCUGGAGACGUCUCUUCCUCACCUCCAGACCUGAUCCAGACCUGAUCCAGACCUCUGAUCCAGUCCUGGUCCAGACCUCUGAUCCAGUCCUGGUCCAGACCUCUGAUCCAGACCUGGUCCAGACCUGGUCCAGACUCCAGCGCCACAUUCCUCUUUAUUUAUGUUUCUCAGAUCUCAUUUAUUUUAUUUUAUGAACCAAACGGUUUUAUCCACUUCCAGUGUUUUGUUUUGUUUUUCUGCCUGAGGUUUGAUGUGACGCCUGUUUGACUUGAAGUAAAUAUUAAAUAUUCUUCUUUUAAACCCA